GGGAUAGGUUGCGCGGGAGGCUGAGCGGGGGCAGCGGGCGAUGGCGACCGCGGGUCGGUUAGGUUGGGUGAUCGCCGCGCUCUGCCUGGGGAACGCCGCGGGGGAGGCGGUACAGGGCCCGCGAGUGCUGGGCUUGUGCCUGGAGGAGGAAGGGACAGAGGGCGCGGGCUGGGCCGCGCCGGACGCCACUUUAUGCCUACGCCUCCUCGGCUCAGGCUUCGCCAACAGCUCCUGGAGUUGGGUGGCCCCCGAGGGCGCAGGGUGUCCCAAGGGCGGACGGGCUGUGGCGCCCGCGGGCGAGUGGCGCGCGCUGCUGUGCUUGGAGCCGGGAGGCGCGGCGGUGGCGGCGGCGGCGGCGGCGGCGGAGGCGGAGGAGGAGGCGGCGCCGCCCUGGGCGCUGGGCCUGGGGGCGGCCGGGCUGCUGGCGCUCCCGGCGCUGACGCGGGGCCUGCAGCUGAGCGCCCUGGCGCUGGCGCCGGCCGAGGUGCAGGUGCUGCGCGAGAGCGGCUCGGAGGCGGAGCGAGCGGCGGCGCGGCGCUUGGAGCCCGCGCGGCGCUGGGCCGGCUGCGCCCUGGGCGCGCUGUUGCUCCUGGCCAGUCUGGCGCAGGCGGCGCUCGCGGUACUGGUGUACCGCGCGGCGGGGCAGCGCGCCGUGCCUGCCGUACUGGGCUGCGCGGGGCUUGUGUUCCUGGUGGGCGAGGUGCUGCCGGCCGCCGUGAGCGGGCGCUGGGCACUAGCGCUGGCGCCGCGCGCUCUCAGCCUCAGCCGCCUGGCCGUGCUGCUCACGCUGCCCGUGGCGCUGCCCGUGGGGCAGCUGCUGGAACUGGCGGCGCGGCCUGGGCGGCUGCGCGAGCGCGUGCUGGAGCUGGCGCGCGGCGGCGGCGAUCCCUACGGAGACCUGAGCAAGGGUGUGCUGCGCUACCGCACCGUGGAGGACGUGCUCACGCCGCUGGAGGACUGCUUCAUGCUGGAUGCCAGCGUCGUGCUGGACUUCGGCGUCCUGGCCAGCAUCAUGCAGAGCGGCUACACGCGCAUCCCAGUGUACGAGGAGGAGCGCUCCAACAUCGUGGACAUGCUGUACCUCAAAGACUUGGCCUUCGUGGACCCGGAGGACCGCACGCCUCUCAGCACCAUCACCCGUUUUUACAAUCACCCACUCCACUUUGUCUUCAACGACACCAAGCUGGACGCCGUUCUGGAGGAGUUCAAGCGAGGAAAGUCACACCUGGCCAUCGUGCAGAAGGUGAACAACGAGGGUGAGGGCGACCCCUUCUAUGAGGUGUUAGGCCUGGUCACCCUGGAAGACGUCAUCGAGGAAGUCAUCAAGUCUGAGAUCCUGGACGAGUCUGAAGACUACCGAGACAUCACAGUGAGGAAGAAGGUGGCCUCCCUGGCCAUCCCUCCCAGGCGCAGGGAGGAGUUCUCCCUAUUCAGGGUGUCCGACGAGGAGGACAAAGUGAAGAUUUCUCCCCAGCUGCUCCUGGCCACCCAGCGCUUCCUAUCUCGAGAGGUGGACGUGUUCAGCCCGGCACGCAUCUCAGAGAAGGUCCUACUGCACCUGCUGAAGCACCCAAGUGUCAACCAGGAGGUGAAGUUCGACGAGAGCCACCGCUUGGCCGCGCACCACUUCCUGUACCAGCGCAGCCGGCCAGUAGACUACUUCAUCCUCAUCCUGCAGGGCAGGGUUGAGGUGGAGAUCGGGAAGGAGGGUCUGAAGUUCGAGAAUGGGGCCUUCACCUACUAUGGCGUGUCCGCCCUGACGGCACCGUCCUCAGCUGCCCAGUCUCCAGUGUCCUCGCGCCAGCCCACCUGCCAUGACCUGUCAGCCGAGCCCGCAGAUGGUGCGUGCUCCUCCACAUACUGCCCGGACUACACCGUGAGGGCCCUCUCGGACCUGCAGCUUGUGAAGGUCACACGGCUGCAGUACCUCAAUGCACUCCUGGCUACCCGAGCCCAGAGCCUGCCUCCAUCCCCAGAGAAUGCCAGCUUCCAGGUGGUUCCGGGUAGCCACACCAGGCUGCUUGGAGAGAAGACGGUUGCGGCAGCAGCCUUCCCCGUAGACCUUUCCCUCUUUGGCACAUUUGGAAACUGCAGUUGAUAAUUGACUGUGGACUGGUGCGCAUUUUUUGUUUUAAGAAAACACCAAGGGUCCAACCCCAGCAGGUCUGUUGUGCCGGUGGAGGACAGCCCCGGGCGGAAGCCAGGGCUUUAACUGCUUGUCAGGCUCCCAGAACAGACAAGGGCAUGGAGAGCCAGAGGGAGCCGAGCAGUAGCUUUGUGCUGCCCUGGCCCCACCCCUCUAGGCCAUGUUUUAGAUGGCCUACGUGGACAUGGGGCCUGGGCCCCCGCAGUACCAGGAGCCUAUAGGAGAGGGGUCGCCUGGCCCUCCAGGCUGUUCUGGAAGGAAUGACGGGAACAGCAUCAUCUCCAGUCCUGGGGCCCGGCCCCUGCUCCACCGCUGUGACUGCAGGGUAUUUAUACCUCUCCGAGCCAGGCUCCAUGUGUGCGCAUUGUCACUGCCUUCCACGGCCUGGACCUGUGCCGCCUCGCUCCAGUCGGCCAAGCCCUCUGCUGGCAGCACCGUUCCACCCACAGAGAGUGCCUGGGCUCCAGGCCGCAGCCUAUCCAGGGUGUCCUGUCUGGGCUCCCUGCAGUGUCUGUGCCAAAGCCAGAAGCUCCAUUGCCUGGCCCGGUCUCGGUCUCUGUCCACGCGCAAUGCUGUCAGUAUCCCUGCCGAGAGGUCUCCUGGGGAAGGCAGGAUCUUCCUAGCUGUGUCUGUCAGUCUGUCCCCAAGGCAGAGUCACCUGUGGUGCCUCUCCUGCCCCCCUUCUGUGGGCCUCCGCGGAGCAGGGGCAGCUGGGCUGUGAUUGGAGCAUCUGCAUAGCUGUCCUUUAAAAAACAAAAGCCGAGGUCUUUCUUCCCUCUCUUUCCGGUUCUGUGGCCUUCCCUGUCCUCCCCAGCUGUCAUAGAGACGGGGAUAGGGACGCAUCUGUCUUGUCUCUCUAAUUUAUCUGUCUUUUCCCUCAAAGUUCAGCCGUUGGAAAUCAGGCAUCACAGAGACGGGAGUCACAGAUUGGGGAGGGCGGGACGAGGGUUUCUGGAGCCUUGCUUGAUGGAUUCGGGUCCUUCCACAGGGGACCAAAGCCAAACGAAUGGCAGGGCUCUUGCUCAGAAACUGUUCUCAGGAGCAGUUCCGAGAACCUGUCCCUUCAUCUCUAUUCGGAACAGUGGUUCUGGACCUUAGAACCGCCUGGAAAACAGACAUGGGGCCACCGGAGCCACUCCUGGAACUUGGUGAUUCUCGGUACUGGGGCUUCAUUUUUUAAGUAGUUGUAGAUUCUCAGAAGAGUUCUAUACCCUUCACCCAGCUUCCCUGGGUGGUAACAUUUUACAUAAUCUUGAUACAUGUAUCAGAACUAAAAAUGUAAGGUUCAGCAAUUCUCCUAACUACACUUUAUUUGGGCCUUCCCGGCUUUUCCCAGUAGGGGCCUUUUGCUUGCUGGAGCCAAUCUAAAGUACCUAGUUGCACUUCAGGCUGUUUUUUCCCCUAACUCUUUAGUUCCAAGUAAUGAGAGAUUCAUAGGAGGUCACAGAGCCGGAGGCCCUCCAGGCCCUUCAGCCAGUCUGCCUCAGUGUCACAUCUUAUGCAGUGGCUGUGUGGGCUGUGCUGCCCUGUGGCCGCCCCCUGCUCUGAGCCCUGCAACCACUAGUCUGUUCCUCAUCUCCAUUACUUUGUCAUCCUGAGAAAGUAGUAUAUAUGGAAUCACAGUGUAACACUUCGAGGUCACCUUUCAUUUUGUUUUCUGGGGCUCAUCUGGUUGUCCAGUGUGACAGUGGCUCAUCCCUUCCCGUUGCCAAACGGUUUCCCAUGGAAGAGGCAGCCUCCCCCUACCCAAGGACCCUGGUGGUGGUUUCCGGGUGGGGCUGUUCCAAGUAAAGCUGCUGUGAACACCCACGCAGGCGUGUGGAAAGGGGCUUGGUUGCUGGCUCGUGUGGUUGUGACCUGUUUCCGUAAAAAAAAUGCUGGACUGUGGCACGGCUGUGCCAUCGUCGCCACCCUCCCCUGCACCACAGGAUGAUCCGGCUCCACCCACGGCCACUCGGGGUCACUGCUGUCCACUUUUACUGUGGGACAGUUUCAUGGGAAUCCUGCCUGUGUGUGGUGACUGCCCAUGCGCUUUAUCUGUUUGCUAAUUAUUUGACCUUCUUCCUUUUUUUUUGAGGCAGGGUCUCGGUGUAUAGUCCUGGCUGACUUGAGCUCAUGAUCAUCCCGCCUCAGCCUCCCAAGUGCUGGGGUUAAACAGCCAUGCACCAACUCAGUGGGCUAGGUUUGUUUUUUUUUUUUUUUUAAACUAACUUGAGAAUUCCUGCUAGAUUCUAAAGUCUUGGGUUGUACUUUUGGCUUAGAGGCAUUUUAUCUGGUCAACAGUGUUAGGGGUUUGCAUCUGAAAUGCCCCUAAAGGCUCUGGUAAAGCUUGUCCCUGUCCUGUACUGUUGACAGGGGCUGACAGAGGGAGGUCAAGCCAGGGUUUGUCCUGGAGGGCACCCUGGAUCUCUGCCAGGAUAGUAUGGCCCAGAGCAGCAGGGCUGCAGUGGACAUGGAUCCAAACCUGUGAAACCAUGGGCCCAAUAAAUCUUUACUCCUGUAAGUCGCUUAGUGUGGGGACUUCAUCAUGGUGACAUGAAGCCUCUCCGUGGGGCCUUUUUAAUUUUGAGGAAGUUGCGGAUUUUUCUUUUAUGCAUUGUGCUUUUAGCAUCAAAUCUAAAAAAGUCUACCUAAGUCCUAGGUUUUAGAUGUUACCUACAUUUUUCCUGAAGGUUACCUUUUUAUAUUUGGGGGAUAGGAUUGAACUCAGGGACUACUGAAGAGCCUUUUUUUUGUUUGCUUUUCAAGAAGGAUCUGAAUUUAAAAAAAAAAAAAAGAUCUCAAGAAAUUGCCCAAGGGACCUUUGAACUUGCGAUCUUGCUUAGGCCUCCUAAGUAGCCGAGAUUAAAGUCUGUAAUGCUGUGGCCCAGCUAAAAGUUUCAUGUUUCACAUUUAAGUUUGUGCCUGGUGAGUUAAUCUGGGCUGUUAACUGGAAGAAUUCAGUCAGUGUGCAUGUUUUGGCUCUUAAAGCCCAGCUGAUCCAGCACUGUUUGUUAAAAUAGCCCCCAGCAGCCAGGUGGCUUUGCACCUUUGCCCCAUGUUGGGUGGCAGACACCUGCUGCUUGGGAAGCUGAGUGGGAAGGUCACAAACCCGAGGCCAGCCUGGACCACUUAAACCCCGACUAAGGAUGGAAAAGGGGCUGGUCAGGUAGCUCAGCUGUACAGCCUUAGCCCGGCAUGUGUGAGGCUGAAAUUCAAACUCAAACGAAUGAAAAAAUUGGGCAUUUUUGUAUGGUUUUUCUGUGUGCCUCUCAUGUCACAUCUUUAUUUACUAUGGCUGUGUAGAUGUCUGCAAACCAGAAGACAGAUUUUCUUAUCCCACUUUUCAGAAUUGUUCUCCCUAUAAUUUUUUUUUACAAAUUUUAGAAUAACAUCUGCAUCUACUAAAAAUCUUACUGAGAGCUCAGUAGUUGUGGCAUCAUCUCUAACUUGUCUUUCAACCCAUGAACACGGUCUGUUUCAAUUUAUAUAAAUUUGGAUUUCAUUUUGGUUUGUAGAUUUCAGCAUUUUUUUUUCAGUACUGGGAAUCGAACUCAGGACCUUGUGUUUGCCAGUGAGGUGCUUUGUGCCCUUGAGCUAUAGCUCCAGCCCUGAGCAUCUUUUAAAGAUAAUCUAAGCCUGAGUACUUCACUUUGCUAAAGAGGUGUGCCUGCUAGCGUGUUUUCAACUUCCGUGUUCAUUGCUGGCAGGGAGAAAUACAUUGCAUGUUGGCGUUGUGUCCUGAGAUUUUGCUGGACCUUGUUGGUCUGGAGAGGUUUGGGGUGGGCUCCUUGGGAUUUCCUAGUGUACACAGACGAGCAUGUUGUAUGCUGACCCAGUGCUGUGGACAUCGGGACUUUACAAACCACCCUGGUGAUUCUAAUGAGUGGCUGUGCCUGUAGACAGCUGCCCUCUGAACCUGCCCAUCUGUGAGCAAGGGUGCCCAGAGCCUGCACUGAGCUGGCCAUGCCGCGUGGCCUUUCCGGCAGGCUGCCACUGUUAGUAGUCUUGAGCUCUGCAGCUGAGGCUGUCAGGGGCUAGUCCUGUCAGGCUGUGUCCAGUCCCAGCCCCCAAGAGAUAAUUAGGCUGUAAUGGGUAAUCAGCCAGUUUAAUGAACAAAAAUAUACUGAUCCGUAUAAAAA